AUGGCAGACCGUCUCGCCCAAGUCUCCUCACAUCUCAACUUCCCGCGUGGAUUGUUCGACGGGCAGACAGCCAUCAUCACCGGCGCUGGCCAAGGCAUCGGCGCGGAGGCGGCACGCUUAUUCGCAAACGAAGGCGCCAAAGUCGUCGUCGCUGAUAUUGACGCGCAGAAAGCCAGCGCCGUCGCAAAGUCCAUCAAUGACGCUGCUCCCGGCCGCGCACUCGCCGUCGCCGGCGAUGUCAUGAAUGCCGCAUAUAUCGACGAUCUCGUCAAGAAAGCCGCUGAAUUCGGUGGUGGCAAGAUCCAUAUCCUCGUCAACAAUGCCGGGUUUACGUGGGAUGGCGUUAUUCACAAGAUCACCGACAAGCAAUGGGAUACCAUGCUCGCCGUGCACAAUACGGCUCCGUUCAAGCUCGUCCGCGCUGCUGCGCCGUACUUCCGGGUCAAGGACAAGGAGCCUAGGGUUAUCAUCCAGAUCAGUUCUACCAGCGGGAUCCACGGGAAUGCCGGCCAAGCCAACUACGCGCUCGCCAAAGCCGGGGUUGUCGGACUCACCAAGACGAUCGCGAAGGAAUGGGGACCGCAGUUCGGCGUGCGCGCCAACACGGUCGCCUUUGGUUACAUCACCACGCGGUUGACGGCGGCCAAAGAGGCCGGCGGCACCAUCACCACGCCCGAUGGGACCAAAGUUGCCCUGGGCAUUCCGGGACGACCGAACCCCAAGGACGUCAACCCGGAGCAGGCCUACGCGGAUAUCCCGCUUAGGAGGCCGGGGAGUCCAGAGGAGGCGGCCAGGUCGAUUAUUGCGGUGGCGAGUCCGUGGUUUUCGUACGUGAAUGGCGAGACGAUUAGUGUUACGGGAGGAAGGAAUAUUUAG